UCUCAGUGAUACCACCAUGGGAUGCUCAGGGCUGUUGAUUUUGGGCUUUGUCCUAAAUGUGUCUCACUGCUUGGACAUGCUGGAUAUGGAGGAGGACAUGGAGAUUGACCGUAACGUCACUGGGAUCCUUGGAGAGGAUGUCUUCCUCCGCUGUCAGUACCUGGGACAGAAUGACAUCACAGACGCCUCAUGGAAACGCCCAGACCCGAGAAUGAAGCGAUCAAUGAAGAAAUUAACAGGCUACAAGAACAACAAGGCUUUCAGCAAAGACCCAGACUUCUCCGCCCCAGUCUCUCCCACCAAUCUGACUGUCAAGAUGAGGGUGUCUACUCUGGAGGCCCAGGGGGAGUACAUAUGUGCGUUUGCCACUGAUGAAGAAGAGAUCACUAACAGCAUGUUUCUCACUGUCCUGGCUCGACCUGAUAUCCACACAGUGGUGACAGAGGACACAGACAACGCUACCCACUACCAGUCAGUCACAUGCUCAGCUACCAAUGGUAAACCUGUGGCUCUGAUUCGCUGGGAGAUCAACGGCAGUCCUCCUACUGACAACUCCUCUGUGGAGAUGAGGAACACCAGUUAUACCAAUGGCACUGCCACUAUGACCAGCAUCCUCCGCUUCCCUACCCACCUACAGGACCAGGACAGGGUGACCUGUGUGGUCCAGCACCCAACCCUGCCUGACCCCACCACACAUGUCACAGUGGGGGUGGAGACCUUCAUGGCUCCCAAUGUGACCAUUGAGACAUACCUGGUUCUAGAGGACGGGGAGGAGCUCUGGGUGGUCACCUGUGGUGCUGCUGGAGGGCGACCCCGAGCUGACAUCACCCUGGUGCUGCCCAAUCAGGAGGCCAGUUCCAUGCUACAGAAGGAGGUUGUCAUGGAUGCAGCAGACACAUUGGUCAGGUCAUACCGCUUCCCAGCUGAGCUUCAGGAAGGGGAAAGCAUCACCUGCCUGUUUGACCACCCCAAGUUCCCACACAGAGAGCUACGGACCACCACUUUGCCGGCAUUCUAUCUGUCUGCUGUUCGGCUGCUGAACCCAGGGUUGGCAGACAGCAGCAACAAGAGCCAGGCUGUAGAGUCAGUGGUGCUGGAGGAAGGACAGAGCAACACCACCAUCGGGCUAGAGGUCGUUGGGGAUGUACCACGUUACAGUAUCGUAUGCACCAAAGAAGAGCAGUCUCUCCCUGAGGGUGUGGAGGUGAUUGGCAGUGCUCUAACCCUGCAGGGUCCUGUGGAGCUCUACCAUGCAGGGCUGUAUGAGUGUGAGGCCUCCUACUACAGCCACAGGGCAUCUGUACUGCUGGACAUUAUCGUCGACCCACAAGUCAAGCAGUCUGUGACUGUUCCUCCCAGCAUAAGGAUUGAUGUUCAGGAUAGACUGGGUGACAGGUUCAUUGAGUGCCUGGCUGCAGACUCUGUCCCCGUUGCCAAUGUGUCCUGGGUUCUACCUGAGGGUGUGUCUGGGCCCUCCUGGUCCAGUCUCACAUCCCAUAAUGGAACUCACUCUGUCAGCAUUGUGUUAGUCCUGCCUGCCUGCUCAGCCCAGGAGCUCAAUAUGGAGUGUGUCAUAGAUCAUUCUGUGUUUGUGUUUCCAGAGAGAAGACAGAUAACACUCCCUGUGUGUGCUCCUCCUAACAUCACCAUCCAGUCCAGCUUUGAGUGGGAGGAAGACGUAGCAUACACACUGGUGCAGUGCACUGUGGACAGUGUUGGACCUGCUGCCACUAUCUCCUGGAGUCUUGGAGACAGGGACAGUGACAAUAGUACCAGUCAGCUUAAAGAGGAGCAGGUUCAGGGGCAGCCUGAGCACCAUGCCAAUGGCUCUGUGACGGUCUGUAGUGUGUUGAGGCUCCCCACUUUCAUGUUCUCUGGUCAGAAUGUCACCUGUGUGGUGGAUCAGCUGGGUCUUGAGAGGCCAGAGAGAAGAGGGAUACUGCUGCGUGGACUGGAGUCCCCUGUGAUGCGUGUUUUUGUUGCGAGGCAGAGCAGAUCUCUGUGGCUGGCUGUGUGUGAGUACAGAGGGGACGGGAUCAGAGCACACCUCUCCUGGGUUCUACCUGACAACACCACAGGCCACAUCUCCUUCCGCUCUGGGUAUGAAGGUGUGAGAGUGCUAACCAACCUCACCUAUGAGUUCCCACUUGCCCUCCACGAGGGACAGGACCUGACUUGCCUCAUUCAAAAUCACCAUGGACUUAAGGAGCGGAGGACAGUCCAUGUCCCCAGAUACUACAUCUCAUCUGUCAGACUACUGAACCAAACCACUCCCUUGUACAAACCUUAUGGAGAUGAGUCCGUUAUACACCGAAUGUCUCUAAAGGAGAAUUUCCAAAACCAGAGGAUCCUGCUCAAAGUCUAUGGCAGUGUACCAACUUACAACCUCACCUGUCACAGAAAUGAUGGCACAUUGGUCCAGAUGGAUGGCGGAGCUCUGUUGUUCCAAUCAAAGGUCACGGAGCAGGAUGCGGGCCUCUACACCUGCCACGCCUCUUUCUACCACCAUAAGGCCUCAGUCCUCAUUCAAGUGGAGGUCACCAGUGAAAAUCAACAGCUCAUGAUGGUCUUCAUCGUCUGCUUCUCCUCGGCUGCGGCCAUCACGAUCCUCCUCAUCGUCACUUUGUGUGUUUUCUGCAAAAUAAAUGGAGGAGACCGCCCAGCAUCUAAGAAGCGCGAGUCGCUGGCACCCCUGACCUCUCUGACCCAGGACCUGUGCUCUCCAGAGUUGAGGAAGGGGAAGGCAGCAGUGAAGAAGCGCGAGUCGCUGGCACCCCUGACCUCUCUGACCCAGGACCUGUGCUCGCCAGAGUUGAGGAAGGGGAAGGCAGCAGUGACAGUACCAGGAGGGGGAGGCCAGGAGUACAACCAGCUGCUCAGCUACUCUAUUGUCAUUGAUGCCAGAUCCACUGUGUAAAUAACAGGGUGCGUCCCCUACUGCCACCCUAUAUAGAGCACUACUUGUGCACUGUAUAGGAAAUAGGGUGUCAUUUGAGACUGGUUGAUUUAAUUUGGUAGGUUAAAAAAAACAUGACAAUGAUAUCACAAAAGUCAGAGACUUAUUUCCAAUGUGGUCCCUAAAUUCCAUGGUGCAAAAACAUUACAUUUAGCCAAAUACAUUUUUCACAAUUCCUGACAUUUAAUCCUACUAAAUAUUCCAUGUCUUA